AUGGCUGAUCGUACGAAAGCUUCCGAACAACUUGCGGACUAUGCAAAGAGUAAGAAGGUAGGCAGUAGAUCUUUCUCUCGAGGGAGUGUUGUUUUAAAAGCUUAUUUAUUUACUUUAACAGACCUUGUCACGCGUGACUUGCCUUUGAGAAUAUCCUUGCGUAUAGCAGAGCGAUUCGUGCAAAGGCAUAUGCUAUCCCAUUGCAAGUCUUUGUAACUCGAGAGCACUCAACGAAGCAGUGACAAAGGUUCAGGUUAGACAACUGCAUACUAUGGCAUGCAACGUAUUUCCUUGUUCUCUGGCCUUUCCACUUUCAACGCGUACAAUUAAAAUGCCUACUUGCAAUGCGGUUUGUUAACUGAGUAUGUUAACUUAAAUAUUCUAUCUUCUAGCCGAGCCUGAUGGCAGAUGAUAUAUCUUUAAAAUAAUAUCUCAGAUAAUUUCGCAAAUAAUAUCUAAGCUCUUUGUUAAGGAAAUAAAUCGGUAAUAUAUAUAUAUAUAAACACUUACAUUAGCAGUUGAACCGAAAGAGAUAUUUUCGGUUAAUAUCUUCCUCGAUAAGGGAUUUUAAAAAUACAACGAUAGUCAGAGAUGAUAUUCAACUGAUCUCGACAGAAAGCACUAGUUUUUCUCCAGUUACAGCAAUCCAUAUGGGUAUGUGAUUCCCGGUCCGCCUUCAGAUGCAAUUGAGGUCACCCGAGGCGAUUUAGGCCCUUUCUUAACGGGCUAAACUACUUUUUUUUGAAAAAAAAUGAUACAUUUGCUCAACUUUCCUCUUAAUUAUAAUGAUAGUUAUUACUAGUUAGUAGUAUAUUUUUCAGGCGAUGUUACAUAACACAAGAAGCUCCUGAUAAAAAAAAAAAAAUUGGCCUUCUUUGACGAUCAUCGCCAAAGACGAGGUGGAUAUCAGCGAAUAUUCGUUAUCAUGGCCCUGACUUGAAUCAGACUACGUCAAAAUAUUUGUAGAACCUCAAAAGAUAAGAAUUAUUUCAUUUAAAUGACGCAGCAUUGGCACGAGAGUUGCCUAGGUCCCUUUGUUACAAAUUAUUUUGUUAAUUAUUUACAAGAGUGCAUUUAAUGCUAGGAAAAUUUCCAGGGAUAGAAAUUUGAAAGAUUGGAAGCCCAAGUUUAUACAAAGGUCGAUGAAAAAUUGAAACUUAUCUCUUUGAAUACAGCUCUUCCUACCUUUCAAAUGAAACAAUCAAUUAAAAAUUGUCUUAUGUAGACCAUUUCGAAAUUUUGUGAGAGUUAGGUGCCUAAUUUGCAUGCAAUUACAUACCAUGCAGGAACGUCUACUGUACUUUCAGAUGAACAGAACUUCCUGUUUUUUGUCACCUAAUUCUACUGCAAUAUCAGACGCAGCUCUGCUAAAGUGCCUGGCACGAAAACAGUUCAGUUCAAAAAUGAACUUGAAUUUUAAAUUAGACGCCCAUGUUUAAAGAAAUUACUCCCGCACGCUCUUAAACUAUCCCUGAGCUAUGUGUUUUGUCACUGGGUUAAAUAUAAAAACUAACAAACUGAUACCAAGAGAUAUGUGAAUAGUUGGCUAUCGUUUCCCGAUAUUGAACGUCUUUUUGUUGUGUCAAGUCCUUUUUAAAAAGAAAAAGGGAAGAAAAACUGAUAGGAAAAAUCAUAACUGACCAAGAUAAUGUAAGUUAUCCUGGUGUAAUCUAUCCGUUUUACAAGGUCUUAACAAUUUUUCAUGAACAGUGCGGUGUCAAACUUAUCUUGGUUUACAAUAUCAAGGCGUUAGUCAGUUUUGUGCAUUAUAUAACAACAAUAAUAAUAAUGAUAUGGGAGUUUCAUGGCCAGUUAAACUUGUUUUGAAUGCACUAUGCUUUACGUACUUUUGCAGCAAAAUCGGACUUAGAAAAACUCGGCUAUAUCUCAGUGGCUAUUUGUUCUUACGUCAUGAAAUGUUUCAUACUGUACGAGUUCCUGUUUAAAUUGCCUUUUGCGACAAAAAGAAGUCACUUUUUUUCACUUUAGCCUCAAGGAAUGGCCUUAAAAAAAACAAUUGAUUUUAUUAAUCGGUCCUUAUUCAUGACGUCAGUGUCCACAAAAUUUAAUGCACAAAAGAACACAUUUUACCGUUUCCCGGCUUGUUAUAUAAUCGUUCAGUUACAUAACUAGGUAUUGUUCAUUGUGCUGACUCUCUCUUUCGCAAAUACACCUGCAUCCUUCGAUAUUUUUCUAACGCCUUAAGUCAACUCCCCCUUUUAAGUACGGAAACCUCUCUACACGACAGUAACAGGUACACUGCCCUAAAGUGCGUCUUCUUGAGAGCUGACACAUUUAGUGGUCGCUUACGAGAAUAAAAUUUCAGGAAGCUCUUUCGAGAAGAGGUCCCAAGACAUAAUCAUCAAUUUCUAAGCCAAGUACCUUACAUGUUGUCACUAAAAGUUCUUCACAUACUCUUGGUAGCGUGGUACCCAUACUGUGAACAUAUAUAGAAAAAAUCAGACCAUGGGUUAGACGGUCGCCGAAAACUGAAUGGCAAUGGCAAACCGUCGGCCCAUAAAAGGCCGUAGUGGCUUACUAUAAGUGCUUAAUGUCGCGAGGAUCCAGCCACAGGGAUUUGACUGGGAAAUUUUGGCGUUUUGGAGAGAUCUAGGUAAGGAACGCUUAUGUGGGAGGUGCUCACUUAGAGAGGCGGGUUGCACGUAUCAGUCUGAACUCUAAUUUCGAGCUGAGGCACUCGUGUUUUGUUUAUUUGUUUGUUUACUUUGGUUUUGUUUUUUUUUGUGGUUGUUGUUAGAGCAGGAACAUAUUACUUUCUUAGGCUGUGUACACCUGCCCCCUACCUACAGGAAAAAAUCGUGGGUUUUCCCGAGGUUUUCGUGGUGGAGGGGUCGGAGGCUAGAUUUACUUUCUCUGUAUGUCUUAUCAGAAACAUUAUGACAACUAACCGUGACACAUUAUGACAACUGACCUUUAAAACAGUUUUAUAUUAUGAAAAAGCAAUUAUCUUUAAUCUAUGCCUAGCUUUGGUACCUACCCGCUAACCUAACAGGUCCCUACCUAACUUUUUCUGUCAAUCUCUGCUAGCCUCACUAUUUCGAAAAACUUGAAUGUGUCGGAACUUGGAGGCGAUGCCAAUAUUAACUGCCAAACUAAGUACAUUAAGUAUGAUAAGUGGUCUCGAGUGAGUGACAAUUAAAAUAGCUUUUGCAAUACUGUAUGUACUUGUCUGGUCAUGCAAAAACAGCUCGUUGUUGUUGAAUUAAAGCCUUCGUCCGUGCGUGACAUGUCAAAUAUCAAAUGUGCAAAGCAGUUUCACAGUGGGCUUUAAACGUGACGACGUCACUUAGCCUGGGAUCUCAAAGGCUCUGCCACGCACGAAGAAGGGGUGUUUGAAAGCUGAAAAAAUCUUUGAAAAAGCCGCCAUAGAAUGGCCAGCAGAACAAAAGCAUCGGAACAGUUAAGUGAUUUUGCUGCGGCAAAAAAGGUUUGUGGCAAUGCUCGUUUUUGUUUACUAAUUUCUUGUUUACGUAUUUGUCUUGGAGGGAUCGACGCCACCAGUGAAAAGAACUUCGUACACUUGCUUCUCUGUUCGACAGCUUUCUUUCCUUGGCCUUUCUUUCAAGUUUCGAGGCAAAAACUCUUCCAGAUUGUUACAUAGUGCGUGCGCAUCUUUUGCUUUUGCUAGUUUAUUGCGUAUCGUUUGCACGAAUGCAGCGAAUGCUCGGAACCUCUUCAGCUGAUUGAUACCUCCCGUACAUUUACGUCGCUAUAAAGUAAAGUACCAAUAAAGUAGAAGAGAAUGUAUGCUAAUUAUGAUGAUUUUCACUCGGAAUUUCAAUGCCUUCGUCAGAGAAACUUGAUCGCAGUUGCCUUUUGUACAAUGACUAGUGAAGGAUGUAAUGCAAGACGUCACGAUUUAUGAAUCAUUUCGAAACAAAAUACGACAAAAAAUCUCGAAACUGACAAGUAAAUUGCUCAGUUUUUCAAAGCGACCUAGGAGUAAGUUCUAUGGUUCCUUUAGUUGUAGCUCGUUCAGUUGCUUUGUCCAUUCCCCAUACCAUGCAGCCACCAUUGAUUUUUCUGAAUUAUUUAUUUGUGUUUGCUUUGUAUGUUCGCUUUCUUUACAUAAGUCGUCAGAGAGGUAAGUCGGUCAAUUUACUUUUCAUUUCGUCAUGCCUGUUACAUGAAUUUGAUGUUGUGACUUUCACAGCGAUGAGACGCCUUCAGGUGCUGGCCCUUGCUACGCCUAAAACACACCUCUCAAAACAUCUCGUGACCUCCAACAUUGACACAAGAUUGUUUCCACUCAUAGAUGGCAGGAUUACUGCUUAUAAUCCUGGCCUAUUGUCAUGUUUUAGACAAAUUCGUGCGAGCUCUGCUAUCCUGAUCUCGGCCUUUAAAUUCAAGGCAAUUUGUACCAAGCAUUUGAUUAAAAAGAUAGCCCUGAAGAAGUUACGAUAUUUCCGUGACAUCGAAUAGCUAAUUAAUAUGCACCGAUUAGGCAAAUAGCUAAGCCAAUCAGGAUCAUUGUUUGAUCUAUGACGUAAUAUCGCUUAGGUAUAGGUCACGAAUCGCCCAAUCGCACGAAUCGUCUGUUUGAAACCUUAAUAUUCACUAUAAAACAUUGAAUAUUCACAUUUUAUCUCAUUUUUUUGGGGGGGGGAGGGGGGGACUAAAAAAACAACAAAUGUUUGCAAAAUGAAUGUGGCGUGAAUCAGACAAGACAUAAGGUACAAGACAGAACCAUACAACAUUGAAUAUCAUAUCCGCCUUUCCUGCCCGCCCACAACGAUAACCGUAACUAACAGGAAAUAAAUACACCUACGGACUGACAGUUUUAUCUUUAAUUGAUGAUAAUGGUCGAGGGAUAUGCAAAUGCAAAAAUUAAUAGUAGUAUUCAGGAACCAAUCGGCUCCUGCAGGAUUUCAGUGAUAUUCUGAAAAGGUUAUUAUUGCCACUAAACUUGUUCUCUCAGUUAUGUCAAUACAGCUUAAUUAGCAAAUGGGGCAACAGUAUAAGGAAGUUACUGGAAAAAAACACGAUGGUGCACUGAAACAUAACCGCAUGGACUAAAACAACUGAGGGAUUCUGUAUAUCCCAGUAUCAGUUGGCGUAAAUGUAUCCCAUUCAUCCAGGGGCACCCAACGAGAAUAUGGUUCAAAACCACUUAAACAUAGCACUGUUAAACGUAUUUUAGUCUUUAAACGGUAGAUGUAGGUAUAUUUUUAUCCCCUAAAAAUUUUCAUCUGUUCGGAUUUCCUAGCUGAAAGCCUAGUGAUCCGAAAAUUAUAGGGAUCAAAACUUACCAUUUCGAAAAUUUCAGCCAGAAAAAAGGCUCCCGAAAAUUCUAGGUGACCUUUUUAGGGUAAAAAUCCGUUAAAAAUAGGCAGUUAUACCAUUUCUUCGAUGUUCGAAAAUCAUAGGAGAGGCAGGCAAGCAAGAAAUUUUACAACAAAUGUUCCGAAAAUUCUAGAUCUAAAAUCGUCUUCCGAACAGAUAUUCUUCCGAAAAUUGUCGUUGGGUGCCCCUGUUAAUCGUUAUGCCUUGUACCCCAAUACUCAUUCUGACGUCAUUUCGAAGGAAGGAGAAGCUUUUCCUCGGUCAGACUCCCUAAAGAGCUCAAACGUGUCCACUUUUGACACAAAAGUGCAAACCAUCUCAUUUGUGAGUCUUGCUCUAGCUGUUUACUCUUAUGUAUCGUUCAAUGAACCUAUUGUCUUGUUCGCAUCAAUCAAGAAAGAUCUUUUUGACCCCUCUACAUCCCAGAACUUCUAGUUUAAGUAAAGCUAUAUACACGUGAUAUCCCAGAAUCUCCGUAUCCCUAUUUUUCUCUUUUUGACAAUCAUGGACAUUCUUGCAGGUCUAAAUAUCCCGUAUCUCGUCAACUGUUUUUUCCCCCAAAAUCCCGUCCCUCUGUUUUAUGUCUAAUAUUGAACCCUAUCCCAGCCGAUCCCUAAUAAGGCCUCAUUUUGGGUUCUUCCAGAUAUCAGACGUCUGUACCACUGGAUAUGGUGCUCCCAUCGACACUAAGACCGCCACCAUGUCAGUGGGACCCCGCGGACCCCUACUGCUGCAGGAUGUCCAGUUCCUGGAUGAGAUGAGUCAUUUUGACAGGGAGCGAAUCCCCGAAAGAGUGGUACACGCCAAGGGCGGUGGAGCGUUUGGGUACUUUGAAGUUACUCAUGACAUCUCAAAGUACUGCAAGGCCAAGAUCUUUGACACCGUUGGAAAGAAGACCCCAUGCUUAGUUCGCUUCUCAACAGUUGGUGAGUGAAUUUAUGACCAAAAUGCACUGAUUUGAUAUAAUCAACCUUUCCGCUAUAAAUGUCUGUAUUUUACGUCCUAUACUGCAGUUGUUUCAUUCGUUAAUAUAUACACCAGAGGAAAGAAAAACAUGUUUACUUGCCUUAUAUGGCCAAUAACAAAAACUAAUCAGACAUAUUAAAUGCUUAAAGAUACUUUAAACAAAGUUAAUUAUAGUUAUACUUUUGGGUUUAUUUUCAGGCGGUGAAUCUGGCAGUGCCGACACGGCCCGUGAUCCCCGUGGUUUUGCCAUGAAGUUCUACACCGAGGAAGGAAAUUGGGACCUAGUUGGAAACAACACCCCCAUCUUCUUCAUCAGGGAUCCAAUCUUUGUAAGAACAGCAUUUCACUCUCCUUAUCUGUAAAAAUAAUUUCCCUAGACUACGAAAAGCCCUUAUUUUUCACUGGGAUAAUACAAGGUACGAAAUACACAAACUCACUGAAAAUUGCUACAUAGCGAGGGAAGUAAACUAGAAAGCGUCAAAAUUGCCACCCGCAGGAAGAAUGAGGAAGAUAACACGCGGAGGGAAGAUUGAAUUAGAGAGAUUAAGAAUCACUUUUAGGCUACGUGCAAACGGACGCAACAACUCCCAACAUUGUUGGCCUACAAUGUUGGGAGUUGUUGCGUCCGGCACAUGGCUAAAAGUUUGACCGGUUUCAAACUUUGCGCAACAAGUCCCAACACCACGCAACAACAUGCAACAGGAUGUGAAAACGGACGUGACGUGUGGCGUUUGCCAUGAACGUGAUUCUCAAUCCCAGUGCCAAAGUCAUCCGCAUUGCGCAUGCCUAUUUUACUCACUCUGCUGUCUCCUACGAAAAUGUGAUUUAACUUGUAGUUGAUAAUUUCCCUUGGUUCGGUAGUGGCACUCCUCUUUGUUUUAUUGUAACUUUUCACGGGAAGAAGCAGACCACGUUAAUCAUUUUAAUCACGUUUAACACUCGUUUAAUUUUGCAUCUCUCGCUACUUUUAGUUCCCAAGCUUCAUCCAUACUCAGAAGAGGAACCCUGUAACACAUUUGAAGGUAAGUAGACACAAUUUUUAAAUUUCAGGUAGAAGAAACAGGAAGUUAUAUUUACCCUUCCUCAAUAAGUAGAAUUAUUAAAUUGGAUUCCUUCAGAUUCCGUUAAUUAAUAAGUGGUCUUUGUUGACAGAACGGUCGAGUUAACUAGGGAUACACAAAAAAGCUUUUCCUAAGUCUGUGAAAAAAAAACAGAACAGCGAAAAAGGGACAGAUGAAAGACUAACAAGAUAGAAGGGAGUAUUUGCCUCUCGUUGCUUUUACAUGAUAUCAUUGAAUACCCUGAACUAAAACCGUGAAACUUUUUAACCAAAAAAAUCACAGUAUUUCUAAAAGAUGUUGUGUUACAAUAAACGAAAAAUAGUAACCUAAUAUUGAGUGUUUCCUCAAUGCAGGAUCCUGAUAUGUUCUGGGACUUCAUCAGCCUUCGUCCAGAGACCACUCAUCAAGUGUGCUUCCUGUUCAGUGACCGUGGAAUUCCUGAUGGGUACCAGCAUAUGAAUGGGUAUGGAAGUCACACCUUCAAAAUGGUGAACGACAAAGGGGAGGCUGUCUACUGCAAAUUCCAUGCAAAGGUAUGCAAGCUGUGUUUCGAUUACUUCUUGCUCGCUAAGGCGUAACAUGCUAAGUGUUUGUAAUCGUAAGUGGGGUUGUAAUUUACUGUGAUCCUUUUUACUACUUGUGUAAACGUGUGCCCGUGCAGUUAACACCUCGAACUCCGGAUCUGGAAGUCCGGGGUUCAAGCCUCGCCUGUCGCGUUGUUAUUUAAUUAGACACGGAACUUUACUCCACUUUGUCUCUCUUCACCCAGCUGUAUAAAUGGGUACCGGCGACAUACUGCUGGGGGGUAACCCUGCGAUGGACUAGCAUCCCGUCUAGGUGGGAGGGGGGGGGGUGGCAAUACUCCUAUGUAUGCUUCUUGCUAAGGAAACCGGGAUAAGCUCCGGCCGUUUGGGCCUUUGGCUCUUGUGCGCCUUUACCUUUUUUUUACUAUAGCAAAAUUAGACGGAGUUGUGCUGGAGCAAUUAAUCAGAUGUCGGCAUGUUCAUAUUAUCAAUUAUUACUUGGCUGAAAUUAGUUCUUUCAGAAGUGGAGCUUUCAAGUAAAAGUAUAGCUGGGUAUGAUAUAUAAAAUCUACUAAGAAGAGACCCACGUCGAUCCAGAUCGUUCCUUUAUCUUACGAUAUAUUAAAAAAUAUUUUAAUCUUAUAUUAAUAAAUAUUAUUAGCAAAAAAAAACCUUUCCUUUUUUUCUUUUGACAGACUGAUGAAGGAGUAAAAAAUCUGUCCCCUGAGAGAGCAGAGAAGUUGGCUGGUUCUGAUCCAGAUUAUAACAACAGAAUGCUUUACAAUGCCAUUGCUAAUGGCAAGAACGUGAGUAAUGCGCUAGCGAACGUUUGAUUUUUUGUCUAUACUAUCGAGUUUAAUGAAAGCAAUUUCACUUUCGUAGGGGGUUGUUUGCAUCAGAAGUUAGUUUUGUAUCGAGUUUUGCCAGUCAAAACGCGGACAUAACAAUAGCUCACACUAAUUACUGUGGGAACGAAACGGUCCCUUCCCGAAAUAUACUCUACUUAGACGACAGACCAGUCAGACCAGUCAGGAUGAGGGUCUUCGUCCCCUACACUUUCUGUCACUAGUGUGGGCAGUCUUUAAUGACCCCUUUUGAAUGGCAAAGAAGCAUGUGAAUGGGUUUUUCCGAUGAAAUCGAAGUCGCGAUGAUCGCUAUUAAUAAAGCGUCGAUCUUAGAGAUUACUGGCGAUGAUCGUAUUGCCAUUCCGAUGACGUUUGGCAACAUUAGACGUGCGAUAGCAGCAAAGAAAUCUACCGAAACGUGUGCUGCACGUUCAGAUUUUUUGUUUUGUCUUGCCUUUUUGAUUUUCGCGUUUCGUCGUUGUCGUCGUCGUGGGGUUGGUCAAGCUCGCUUAUAGUGUUAUCACGCAAGACAAUUCUUGAUAUGCGACGAUUUAUUUUGUUGAAAAUAACGCCGAUUUGAUGGAAAACGCGCCACGAAAACGACGUUCGCAGGUACCUUCAACCCAUAGAGAGGGUCAUUAUUACAGUGUAUAAUGCCAGAAAAGUGACAACUUGCAGGGGAAGGAGACUGUUGACAAUCAGUUGCAUAUGCUAGCGUAUUAACAAUUGUAUUUUCCCUUUCUUGUAGCCAUCUUGGACUAUGUAUAUCCAGGUGAUGACCUUCGCACAGGCUGAAAAAUCCUCAUUCAACCCAUUUGAUCUUACCAAGGUAACCUGCUGAUACUGUGACUGAACUAUACCAUGAAAGAAAUGGUCAACUACUCUUCGAACCCUGCCACGCCACUUUCCAUGCGGCAUUUUUUUUUUUUCAGUUUCACCAUCACUGAGUAAUUUAAUCCCUUUUAAAGCUCUGCAACUCUUUUAUUCUAAGCAAUUUUUUACGCAAUGUCUAGCUUUCCAUCUUCUCAGUUGACAUCAAAUUUUGUCGCAUUCUUUUUGACCCUCAUAAGCUCAAUAGAAUUAGAUUUCUAAUUUGCAUGUAGUUUUAUUGACGUCGAUAAGAAUUUUUAAAUUGAGUGCGUUGUGCUGUCUUUGUUCCCAGAUCUGGCCACAUUCUGAAUACCCUCUGAUCCCAGUUGGCAAGAUGGUCCUCGAUCGCAACCCGUCGAAUUAUUUCGCCGAGAUUGAGCAGAGCGCCUUCAACCCUGCCAGUAUGGUUCCUGGAAUUGAAGCAUCUCCGGACAAGAUGCUUCAGGUAUAUUAAGGGACAAAAUGAGCUAAAAUGCAACCGAACCGAGAUCCGUGCGUCCCCCGUUUCUUAGAUUUCGAAUUUUUCCCUGAGACUAAGCCUUUUUGAUAUGUACAAUGUUAUUCGAUGAACGACCUUUUUUCGAGGAAGUGUUCUUUCAACAUAUCUCAUCAUCUGUGACUGAAUAUUUUUAUCAGGGUCGACUGUUCUCGUACCAUGACACCCACCUUCACCGACUGGGAACUAACUACAUCCAGCUGCCAGUGAACUGCCCUUAUAAAACCAGAGUGUGCAAUUACCAGAGGGAUGGACCACAGACAUUUGACAAUCAAAGUAAGUCCGCUAUCGGUUGUAAGCGGAUGUAACUUACGUAUUGUUAUAUAGCUCGGUUGACGGAGAGCCUGGAUGACCUGACUCGUCCCCAGUCCUCUCUUGAAUAGCAUGCGGCACGCUGGGGAUGGAACGCUAGAAGUGUGACCGAAGGGAAUGAAUGCGAAGGGACCGCGCAUUAAUAUAAGACUGAGAGACGACUGGGGCUGAGUCAGCAUUUCGACAACUUGUAGCCUCCCGUGCAGUCACGGUUUCUUGUUGGGGAGGAGCACGUGACAAAGUCCUAAGAACCUCUGCGUGGGGGCUAGACAACUUAUCAUGCUAAGGGCUGGUCAGAUUAAAUAUUUACAUUGACGUACCAGCUAAAUUUGACCUCGAUUUUGGCGUUCACAUGUUUGAACGGCUGGGUGCCGUCUAAAUUUACGUACGGUUUGUUUGGCUCCGUGUACCCGUGUAAACUGAACACGUAAACGCACGAAUAAGAAUUUUGUCGAAAAUUCAUCCAGUGCCUUAUGAACAUGGCCUUAGUCUGAUCUAAAAAGUGUUUUUUUUUUCUUUUCAGAUGGCUGCCCUAAUUAUUACCCCAACAGCUUUAGUGGUCCCAAGGAUGACGUUGCUAAAUAUGCACCAAGCAAAUUCCAAGUAACUAAGAAGAUUAUAAGAUUCCUUAUGAGUUUGAAGAGUCUUUACCUUAAUAUUGAUUAACUAAUUAGUCUAAAAAAUGUUCUGACCUAGAGGUACGACGCUGUGUUAUUGCAUCUUUUAGGCAUCUGGCGACUGCAAGCGUUAUGAGUCUGGAGAUGAAGACAAUUUCUCUCAGGUGAGGAAGAGUUCCUGCAACUGCAUUCAUUUGAUUGAAUGAAUGAAUGAAUGAUUGAUUGAUUGAUUGAUUGAUUGACUGAUUGAUUGACUAAUUGAUUGACUGACUGACUGACUGACUGACUGAUUGAUUGAUUGGUGGAUUGAUUGGUUGAUUGAUUGAUUGAUUGAUUGAUUGAUUGAUUGAUUGAUUGAUUGAUUGACUGAUUGGCCCCUUCCUCUUCUGACCUUUUUUGAGGUCUCAACGAAAUUUGACGUUGAACUAGGUUAAUAUCCGACCGUGCCUGGAAAAAGAUCUGAAAAUUUGAUUACGAUUGUUAUGGUGUUUUUACUGACAGGCACCUAAAUUCAGUGAAUGGGUUUUUUGGUAAAAUUUAGUGAAGUAUCCAGUAAAAGAAAAUAUUGUAUGUGAGGAUUAUAAGAUUAUCAGCACUUGAUAGUUGGUUUCAAUUAUCUUCUUCAACUCUAUUUUCGCUAUCAUUAUUUUUAGGUUACCCUUUUCUGGGAGAAAGUGCUGGAUGAUGCCGGAAGGGAUCGCCUAGUAAGCAACAUUGCAGGCCAUCUGAAAGAUGCUCAGGAAUUUAUCCAGAAACGAGCUGUAAGUCAUUUCCUUUGACUGAAUCAAAGCUAGUCAGUUUUAUUUACAUGUAUUGAUUCCGCCCAAUGCUAUCGCAUGAGGUCACCAAUUUGAUUUUGACCGUUGAAUUAUACAAAUUAGUUUGGCUUGAAAAAGUUAUAUUCUGAGGGUCGCCAGGAAAAUUAUUCUUUUUUGUCGAUAUAGACGGAUUUUUAGGACGACAGAUUUGAAAGGAAAGGAAAGAUCUCCGUUUAAAGUCUGGUCCUUGUGGUAAUUGACGGUCCGUUGUCGAGUUACAAAUAACCCACUCAGCCAUGUUGCUUGCGGGUUUGUUUGGCGAGCGCGCAAAGGCCCUGUUUCUCCUCCGUUCCCCUUGCGGCUUCCAGCUCGCUCACGCUGACCCUUCCGUAAACCCCUCCCCAACAAAACCGUCAGUUACGGCGGCUACAUCCCAUAAUAAUCACAGUUGUAUAUCUUGUUGACUUUCAGGUGGCUAAUUUUUCCAAAGUGCAUGCUGACUUUGGAAACAAAUUGCAGAAGGCUCUGGACAAACAGGUGCGCCAAACUUCGAUCAACUGCAAAUAA